GCUGACAAGCGUUCAACCACGUUGCGCAUUCCUCAACAUCCACAGACUAUUAAGCUCUACGUCCAGAGGUAUUAUACUGUGGCUUGAAAUGGAAGACAUCCUCAAACUGCUCGCGAACGGGGCAGAUGUGACGCCAUUCACCUUUCCAGCGGGAAUGCUAGGUUCUGCGGGCGGGUCGGUCACGCUGGGCGCGUCCAACCUGGACCUGGCGCUGGCACUGCAAACAGGAAACAUUCCCUCUUUCAUUAUGGGCUCGUUGGGCUCCGGCGGGGCCGCUCCGCUGCCCCUGCCUGCUGCGCUCGCGCUCCCAUCUCUGGAGCUGCCAAAGCUACUAAGCCUGGACGUUGGGCUCGAUGGAAUGGGCAACAAGGGUCAAGGCGUCGACCUGAACGGCAACGGAAACAGCUCAGAUCCAAGCGGUUCAGGAGGCGCCCUGCCCCCCCGGAGCCGUAGCGGUCGGGGCGGUAAUAACGCAGCGGCCCUGCUCGCGGACGCACGCGUUCGGGAGCUCCUGCUCGACGUGCAGCAGCCGCCCAUCCCUGCCCCAGCCGCGGCUGCAGCGGCUCGCAACCUCAAGCGUGAAGCUGAGCAGGCCAUCGCCGCAGGCACAGCGGCCGGGGGUGGCGGUGGCGGUGGCGGCCGCAACAAGCGGCAGGCUGUCCGCGCGGACGACGACGAGGACGAUGAGGACUUCCGCCCCAGCCGCGCGGCCGGGAGGCAGGCAGCUGCAGCGGAAAAGGCCGAGAAAGCAGCAGUGGCGGCAGCCGAGAAGGCGGCGGCGCUUGCCGCAGCCGUGGCUGCGGCAGCGGCGGAGCGGGAUGAGGAGCCAUCCCCGCCCCGCGGCAAGGCGGAUAACAAGCGCAAGCCGCGGUCGGACGACGGUUCAGACGGCUCGGACGGCUCCGAUACGUCAUCAGAUUCCGCGGGUGGGCGUGGCAAGGCGCCGGCACGCGGGCGCGGCGGGCGCGGAGCGGCGCCCAAAGACCCGGCGGCGCGCGCGCAAGCGCGGCAGCUCAAGAAGCGUGACCUGAACCGUGAGGCGCAGCGGCGCUUCCGCGACCGGCAGAAGGCGGCGCUGGCGCUGCUGGAGAGCACGACGCAGAGCCAGCAGCGCGAGAUUGAGGCGCUGCGGCUAACCAACAAGCUGCUGGAGGAGCAGUACCGGGUGCUGAUGGAGCAAUACAAGGGGCUUCAGCUGCGCUUUGUAACGCUGCAAGUGAAGGUGGGAACCGGAGCCGGCGGCGCGGGUGACACCGUGCCAGCGGGCGGCAAGUGACGCAGCUAAGGAGACGAGCAGGCGGAUGCGAGCGCGCGUGGAAGUGGGCCUGAAAUGCGAUGGCCUUCCAAAGGCUGCACAGUGGCGGCCGUGGAGGAGGAUGUUUGUCAACAGCGAGGUGCACCGCAGCUGCUGGUCCUCUCGCAGCCGUUCGCGACGCGCCGUGUAGCAGUAGUGGCGGGCACUUAUGAUCCGCACACGGGAUUGCUAUUCAUGGACAUAGGGCAUGGACGUACAGGUCCCUGCGCGCUUGGAACCAUCAUUUGUGCCAUAGAUGUACAGCUGGGGGUUGCUCGUGGUGGUGCUGCUGUCCCGACCCAGUUCGCCGCAGCUGUGCAUGCCUGUGUGCAGCACAUGGGGCGGUAAUCUGAAGCGGCGGUAUGCGGCGGUAUGCUUGGCUCAGGGCUCCUAAUAUUUUGAUCCUUGAUAAGUGAACGAGGCAAGUGGGCUUACGAUGGGACACAACGCGUGAGGUCAGGACUGGACGACUACACCCACUUGAUGCGGGCUCGUCACGCGUGGUAUGUAUAUGUGACAUAGGUCUGGUGUAUGUCAGGCACAUGCACAAGUGUGUGUUGUUAUGGGUUUAACAUUUCUUGCAGGGCAAGGGAUACACAUUGGGGUAUGUGCCCGGCGUGUGCUAGGGCACGGGUGGCAAUAAAGCAGGGACCCUGGCGCUGGCUCGUAGUCGUCGAGAGGACGGCAUGGCGCCAUGUUUGGCACAGACAUAAAGAAAGACAGCAUUGCGAUGGAUGCAGAUGCAUGCACUUGGUAAAUGCCACACCAAGGGGAGCGCUGCGGGGGUAUCAGACGGGGCACGGGAGUCCGGUAGAUGUGUUAAAUGCAUUCUUGAGAGAAAGAGUGUACCGUAUGGGCAGGACUCCGGCAUUUGGUUCCGGUGCGCUUGUAUCAGUGACUUUGCGUGGCGUGGAAGUUUGCGAAUGCGGAAGUUAGUGAGCAGUGGUGUGGCGAAAAGGUUCAUACGCGGAAGGGUGCAUAUCCUGAAGACAUUCUUUCGAAUAGAGGCGGGAGUCCGUGCAGGUCCGUUGUCACGGAUUUGGAUUCCAUGAGUGUUCACGUGGCAAGUACUGCGGCUUCCAUAAGCGGGCGGCUUCGGCCAUUGGGCCAUGGCUGGUUUGGCCGUAGCUCAUGUAAUCAUUACGUAUC